AAAAGUUGGCACAGUUGUAUGCAGUGUAGUUUGAGCUCUGAAGUGUCUACAUGUGGGUGAAUGCAUUUAACUUAAUAGCGGCGAAGGACAACUGCGGCACUCCGGCAUGUAGUGAACGGUGGAAAUAAUGCGAAACUUCAGGACGGAAAUUAUGGAUCACUUAUUAGAACAAAAUCAAAUGCAGUGACCUCAAUCUGCUAAUGUCACCUUUUUUUUUUUUGAAGACUGAUGAAAGUGGACAACUGCCCCGAAAACCAGCGGCAUCCAUGUCCAAGGAAUUUUGUUAAACCUAUGGACUCAGUCAUGGAUGAUCAUGGAUCCCAGGGUAAUUCCCAUCGACGACGCUCUGCUGGUAUGAGGGUGUCAACUAAAAGCAAAGCACCAUCUCCCCCAGCACUGAAGAACCUGGAUUCCCCUGGCUUUUCCCAGAGGUACCCAGGAUACCCUCAUUUGACUAUGGACCAGAAGGAGAACCUGGUUGAACAAGAGCUCUCUCUGGUUGUGGUUCUGCCUGGUGGAGUGGAAAAAAUGACUACGGUCCAUGGCAGCAAACCCCUGAUGGAUCUGUUAGUGAUGCUUUGCGCAAAGUAUCACCUGAACCCGUCCAGCCACACCUUAGAGCUGGUCACUUCCAAUAAAAACCAUAUCAAGUUCAAGCCGAAUGCUCUCAUAGGAACUUUGGAGGCAGAGAAGGUCCUGGUUAAGCCUAAAGGAGCGGAGGAAAAGAGUAAGAAGACAGGCCCUCAGAUGCCUGAGGCUACUGUUCGGAUGGUGAUUAAUUAUAAAAAGACUCAGAAAACAAUACUACGAGUGAAUCCGCGAGUUCCCCUGGCUGAACUCUUACCGGCCAUCUGUGAGAAAUGCGAAUUUGACAUGGAAACAACAGUUCUGUUCAGAGAUGUCCAAUCACAGGGCCCCUUGGACCUGUCCAGUUCUCUUAAUGAUUAUGCCAUAAGGGAGGUUUAUGCAAAGGACACAAAAGACCGAACCGCCUCUCCAGUGUGUCCGGCCUCACCGACACAUACAGGUACAGUUACACCGAGCAAAGAUAAAAAUCAGAAAGAGAAAGAAAACAAAGGCCUCUUCAGCAUGUUUAGAAAAAGCAAGAAAAAAUCUGAACAGGCAAUGACUGCCAGUGCCCCAGCUUCCCCAGUCCUUGUGAGCAAGCCUCGACCCCUCAGCAUGGCCUUGCCCAGCUCAGGCUCCUCUCCAUUCAUCUCCGCUACAAUGCCCACCGACAUGCCAAAGAAGAGACGUGCACCCCAACCCCCGAUUGUUGUGUCCCAGAGCUGCCCCUCGGACAUCAGCCCCCGCCAGAGACUCAGCUCUGAACCUGAUGCACAGCUGGACAGUGACCAGAUGUCUGGUUUAAGUCGCGGGUCCUCAGCAGAGUCAUCACUGAAGAGAACCAAACGCAAAGCUCCUCCACCCCCGACAUCCCCUACUGUUGUUGUCCAAGACAAAGCUCCGCUUGAAGAGAAUGUACAAGGGGGAGCAGCUACCAACACACUGGAGGAGAUUAUGGAGCAAGAGGAGACAACUGCCUCCAUGAUCUCUGGAACUGCAAGUGAUAUGCAGGAAGAGGACAGCAGUCUUAAUUUGUCAGCAGAUGUCUCCUUGCACUCUCCAUCCCCAGAUGCUGAGAUGCUGAGCACACCGUCCAUGGAAGGCAGCGGGGAAGAUCAGUCUGGUGAUCUGUCCUCAGAUGGCAAUCAAACGCAGAGCACAGUGAAUGAUUCUGCAGAGCACAGUGAUCCGAGGACAACUGCUGAGACAGACUCAUCUCAGCUGGCAAAUAAUGAUAGUGGUUCCUGUCAAGUUGAAGAUGCAAGUCAGCAGCCCGCAUGUGAGGAAUCCACAGCUGAAAGUGUCAAAGGUGAAAGCAGUACUGUAUGUUGUGACGCACCUUGCUUACCGGCCCAGCCUGUAAUGCAGGAUGCAGAAGCACAGGCCUCUGUUCAGGCAAACAUUGAAACCCCCCGGGAGGAGACUGACAGGCUGGAGAGCCCAGCAGCCACCAGCACAUCAUGCCCCACUGGAGAGGAUGCUCAAGUGCAAACAGAUUUCACACCACUCCCUAUGCCUUCACAACAACAGGGGGACCAAGUUCCUUCCCCAGCUAAGCCACCUGGCAUUCGAUCAGCAGGGGACAGGAGAGAUAUGGCCACUUUCACAGAGGAACUAGACCUCCCUGACCCCAAACUUACCUUAUCCCAAACCUCCGAGACCUCAUCAUGUCAAGAAUCAACACCAUGUGCCCCUGCUGUAACAAAGGCAGCUUCUAUUUAUGCUUCAGAUUCUGAGCCAAAGCCCAAGCCUUCCAACGAGCUGACAAGGGACUACAUUCCCAAAGUGGGAAUGACAACAUACACUAUUGUGCCUCAGAAAUCUCUGGAGAAACUGAGAUACUUUGAAGUCGAGCUGACACUGGAGUCCCCUACAGCAGCUGUAGAAAGGGAAAUAGAUAUCGCCUCUCUUCAGAUGGAGGACUGCACAGCACAGAAGGAACAGCCAGACGUCUCAAUGGAAAAACAAGAGCUGCAAUCUACAAUGCCCAGGGAAGACUCACUGAUAUCUAAUAGCACUACUACUACUAUGCAAAGCACUGUUAAUGGAAGUAUACCAGAAUCCAGUCAUUCACCGGUAAUGCCAACAAGUUUACCCUCAGCCAAUGACAAGAUCUCAUCCCCGUCUAAUGGGGGAUCCCAACCAGGUUCACCAGCAGAAGUCAAGGUGAAAAUUCCACCCGCAACAAAACCGAAGCCUGGUUCUUUCCGCUUAUCACAGCACAAAAGAACACCUGGGUAUUAUGUAACUUCAGCGGCCGUCAAAAGUCAAAGUGCCAGUCCUGGGGUUGGCCAGAAGGAGGCUCAAGGAAGUCUAGAGAGAGCAAAAUUGCCACCUCCUCCUCUUCCACCUCCUGAACAGUGUCAACAGAAGACUGUAGGGGGCGCUCAUGCUGAGUCAAGCCCUAAGGAGGAUGACAAGAAGGAGGCACCAGUCAUGCGUGUGACUAGGCAAAGUAGUUUGUCAUCUAAUGAGCCAACUUUAGGGUUAAGCUUGGAAAAACUGAGGAGCUUUGCAGCCCCAAGACCCUUUUCUCCCACCACCCCGUCUCGCUUUGCCCAGGCGGUGUCCUCUGCUGUCAAAAGGACCCAGUCCUUAUCCCAUGGACCAAGGUCACCUCAGUCCCCAGUGUCACCACCCUUCUCUCAAGUUACAGGUCACUUUUCAAUCAAAGAGUCAAAAGGAUUAUCUAAGCCUGAGGAUAGUGACAGCAGAGAGGUGGAUGAAGACAAAGCGUCCACACUUCGAGGAGAAGUGGUUGAACCAUCAUCUCCUGGUGGGAUUGUUCAAAUGGAAGGAAAGAGCAAUCCACAGCCGUGCCUUAGCCCUUCGGAAAAUAUAUCACCUACUGAGGAGUCCAUGAUGUCUUCUCUGAGUUUACCAGAGCCUGUCACCCCAUGACACACAUGAUGAAACUCUUUUGUUUUACCUCUUUUGGUAGUCUCAGCAACAAUGUACAUAUGAAAACAGAAACUGUUUUGAUAAUUAUUAAUUGCUGUAAUUUGAUUUUCUCACACCACAUGUUAACAAAUAAUGUUACUCCGACUGAAUUGCAUCAGCUUAUUGAAAUGCCUUUAUUUUAUUUUGUGUGAUGACUGUAAUGCAUUUAAUGCAUCACUGGUGUGAAUGGACAUGAUAUAUGAAAUGAGAGCGGUUCUAUAAAUUAUUAGACAGAAUUACUGAAUUGUAAUAUUAUUGAGUUUAUCCAGAAAAUUCACUAUCUAAAUAAUACUGGAUACGAAAGCCAGACCUGGUCUGACUUACUGGUACUUAACUAUUCCUUAGAUUACUUCAAGUCUUUAUUUAAGUAUCCCACGCUUGGUUUUGAUUAAUCUAUGUGCAGACACACACUGAUGUACAGUAGGUCUCUUUUCCUGUCAGUGCUGUUAUGAAUAAAGUUUUUAUCAUUAAAGGUGCCUUUAUUAGAGUCAA